CAUUCCUACAGCUACAGGUAGGGAAACCAGGUAAUAACGACCAUUCUUCUCCCGACAGGGGACAGAAACAAACCAUUAACCGAAACACCCCCAUUCCAACCUUUCCAAUUUCCAUCAUCUCUGUGCGCGGGAAUAAUCAAUACUGCACACAUACUGAGGCAACAGCAGCAACAAGAACAACAGGGCAUUAUGGUGUGGUCUAGUGAUAAGCAGCAACAGUAGGGCCACAGCUCGCCCCCAUCCCCCCGCCUACCGCCCACCGCCCACCACCGGUCGACGAACAGGAAUUCCGGAAAAGAGGAGCAGCCACAAAUAGCAAUUACCAUCGCACAACUAAAAUUUCCCGUCACUCCUCCAUCAUUCUGACAACGAAAAGUGACAAUUAUGUCACGCGAGGAGCGCAAACCCAUCGUUAGCUCGUCGAGCAGCAGCACCUGCAGCAGCGGCGAUGACGAAGUGCAUCCUGUGGUGCGGCGGCGCAGCACCCGGGACACGGAGCUAGCCGGCCACCAGAAGGAUGCCGGAUGCUGUGAUCCGACGAGCACGCCACAUCGAUUCCUGGCCCUGCUCUUUAUGUGCCUCUUGGGUUUUGGUUCCUAUUUUUGCUACGAUAAUCCCGGCGCAUUGCAGGACGUUUUCCAAAAGGAACUUCAACUCAGCUCCACCGAGUUCACGCUAAUUUACUCCAUCUACUCGUGGCCAAAUAUUGUGCUCUGCUUUGUGGGCGGCUUCCUCAUCGACCGGGUGUUUGGCAUCCGCUUGGGCACCAUUAUCUACAUGCUGAUCGUGCUCGUUGGCCAGCUGAUCUUCGCCACCGGCGGAGUCCUGGGCCACUUCUGGUUGAUGAUCGUGGGACGCUUUGUGUUCGGCAUCGGGGCUGAGUCGCUGGCUGUGGCCCAAAACAGCUAUGCGGUGCUAUGGUUCAAGGGCAAGGAGAUUAACAUGGUCUUUGGACUGCAGUUGUCGGUGGCCCGUUUCGGCAGCACCGUCAACUUUUGGAUUAUGCAACCACUAUAUGGCUACGUUUCGAAAUCCUACUCCGGCUACAAGGGUCUGGGCGUGGCUCUGUUUCUGGCCUCCUCUACGUGCGUCAUGUCCCUGGUUUGCACCUUGAUUCUAGGUUGGAUGGACAAGCGCGCGGAGAGAAUCCUUAAGCGAAAUAACAAUCCUGGUGGAGAACUGGCCAAACUAAGCGAUAUAGUGACCUUCAAGCUGGACUUCUGGAUGGUGUCCGUGGUCUGUGUGGCCUACUACGUUGCCAUCUUUCCCUUCGUGGCUCUCGGACAGGCCUUUUUCAUCAGCAAUUUCCACAUGACGCCGGAUGAGGCGAACACAGUGAACUCGAUUGUCUACCUGAUCUCUGCUAUAGCAUCGCCGCUGUUUGGAUUUGUGAUUGACAAGGUCGGAAGGAAUGUGACCUGGGUGUUUUGUGCCACCAUCUCUACGCUGCUAGCCCACUUCCUGCUGACCUUCACCCACUUGGAUCCGUACAUCGGGAUGAGCAUUAUGGGACUGUCCUAUUCCAUGUUGGCUGCCAGCCUGUGGCCUCUGGUUUCCUUGAUUGUGCCCGAAUAUCAACUGGGCACGGCAUAUGGCUUCUGUCAGUCUGUGCAGAAUCUGGGACUAGCGGUGGUGACCAUUGCAGCGGGCAUUAUUGUGGACAGCAGCGGCGGCAGUCACUUCUGGCUGCAGGUUUUCUUCAUGUCCUUCCUGCUGGUCUCCCUGCUGGCCACUUGUGCGAUUUGGGCCUACAACCGCAAGCACCAGGGCAACUUGAACAUGUCACCUGCCCAGCGGGCCACAUACCACACCUCGAUGUACGUGAAUAUUGAGUCGAGUUGAGCAUGCUAUUGAUGUCUUGCUGUUUUGAUGUUGCGUUCUAAUCCCCUAUCCGAUGAUGACACACCUCCACAUCAGCCCCUGACUAACUAACGUUCUCUUUCUAAAUGUAUUUGCUUUGUGUACAUGCCAAAAGCGCGAUGCAGUGCCCCCACGUGAACAUGCGGCCUUUAUUGGGCAACUAUGUGCAAUAGAUCGAUUCUGUUUGUUACUAACCAAUAACCAAUUGCGAUGCUAAUGCCCAUCCCCCUACACUUGACUUGUUAUGCAACUCGGAGCACAUUCUGCUAGCCGCACAAUCGACGUGGUCAUUCGAUCUGUUUUACUCCUCCUAGCCAACGUUCUAUAAUGAUACAUAUCAAACCUUAAACUAUUGUUAUAUUUAUGUUCCGUUGUGUGUGAUAAAUAAAUUUAUGUAAAUGUACAUUAAUUAAAUUAAAUAACCAAAGA